GAUUGACUACAAACUCGGAUUUAGUGUUCGUCCAUUCGCCCUUUACCUGCAAGUGAGAAAACAUGACGGAUUAUCAUCGCCCAGAUUCUAAAACAAUGCAGUCCCUGAGGGACAUGGCAAAUCAGCUGAGAAUUGAUAGUAUUAAUGCCACACAGGCAAGCAAUUCAGGACAUCCAACAUCAUGUGCUUCAGCUGCUGAGAUAAUGUCUGUACUGUUCUUUAAUGUAAUGCGCUAUAGUAAAGAAUUCCCAAGAGACCCAAGAAGUGACAGAUUUGUGAUGUCUAAGGGACAUGCAGCCCCUAUUUUGUAUGCAGCAUGGGCGGAGGCUGGAUUGUUCCCUCGAGAGGAUCUGUUGAACCUGAGAAAGUUAUCAUCAGAUCUUGAAGGUCACCCUACUCCUAGGUUGAAUUUCAUAGAUGUUGCAACAGGUUCUCUAGGUCAGGGCCUCAGUGUUGCCGCAGGAAUGGCCUAUACCGGGAAAUAUUUUGACAAAUCUGAUUACCGUGUAUACUGUCUGGUAGGAGAUGGAGAAAGUGCUGAAGGGUCUAUCUGGGAGGCCCUGUCCUUUGCCAGUCAUUAUAAACUAGAUAAUCUAGUGGCUGUAUUUGAUGUGAACAGACUAGGACAGAGUGAUCCUGCCAUGUUACAACAUGAUAUGGGUGUAUAUGAAGCCAGGUUGAAGGCAUUUGGAUGGAACACGUACGUUGUUGAUGGCCAUGAUGUGGAGACACUGUGUAAAACAUUCCAUGAUGCAACAACUUGUAAAGACAAGCCAACUUGUAUCCUAGCUAAAACAUUCAAAGGAAAAGGAUGCCCAGAAAUUGAGGAUUUGAUGAAUUGGCACGGGAAGCCACUUGGAGCUAAGGCUGAUAAAGUUAUAAAUGAAAUACAAAAGAACAUGAAGAGUCAGUCUAUGUCGUUACGACCACAGGCCAUAACAGCUUCCGUACCAGAUGUUGAUAUUACCAACAUAAAGUUGGCAGAUCCGCUAAAAUAUGAAAUGGGACAACAGGUUGCCACUAGGUUAGCAUAUGGAGAGGCUUUGGCGAGUCUUGGUAAAAAUAAUCCAAGAGUUGUAGCAUUAGAUGGUGAUACAAAAAACUCCACAUUCUCUGACAAGUUCCGGGUUGCCCACCCAGAUCGCUAUAUCGAGUGCUACAUUGCCGAGCAGAACCUUGUUGGUGUAGGUAUUGGGUGUGCUACCAGAGACAGGAAUGUAGUAUUCUGUAGCACCUUUGCUGCGUUCUUCUCCCGCGCGUUUGAUCAGAUCAGAAUGGGAGCCAUCUCACAGACCAAUGCCAACUUUGCUGGUUCCCAUGCUGGUAUAUCUAUAGGUGAAGAUGGACCAUCUCAGAUGGCUUUGGAAGAUCUGUCUAUGUUUAGAAGUAUUCCUGGAUCUACAGUGUUCUAUCCCAGUGAUGCUGUGUCUACACAGAGAGCUGUAGAGCUGGCAGCCAACACUAAGGGAGUGUGCUUUAUUAGAACCAGUCGACCAAAUGUCCCCGUUAUCUACAGCAAUGAUGAAGUAUUUGAGGCUGGAAAAGCCAAGGUGGUAAGAAAAAGUGACAAAGAUCAGGUUACAGUUAUUGGUUGCUGUGUGACUCUAAAAGAGGCCAUGCUAGCUGCAGAUAAACUAGCUAUAGAUGGUGUCAACAUCAGAAUCAUCGAUCCAUUUACAUUGAAACCAUUUGAUAAAGAUACUGUACUAGCUAAUGCACGUGAAACUGGAGGUAAAAUAAUUACUGUGGAGGACCAUUAUUCAGAGGGAGGUCUUGGAGAUACAGUGGCUGGUGCCCUCUGUGAAGAGGAAGAUAUAACCAUCAGGAAGUUGGCCGUGACAGAAAUACCACGUAGCGGGAAACCAGCAGAACUGAUGGAAAAAUAUGGAAUCAGUGCCAACUGUAUUGUUAAAGCUGUGAACCAGGCUCUAUGAUCAUAGAUUGAAAACAUUAAACCAGUCUAUAGUGGCGGAAAUAACAAAAAUACAAUAAUUGUUCCAAAUUUCAGGCAUUAAUUAGACAUAACUUUAGGUUUAUUAUUAGAAUUUCUAGCAUCGAAUGUCAAGGCUGUAACAGCUCUUUUGUUAUUGUAAUAGUUUUUAAAGAAACCUGGACAAAAAUUGUUUCCAAUUGUUUUGGGUUAAACCAAAUAGUUGUGAAUUAAUAAGCAAUAAAAGCAACAAUUCCUUGUUUUUAUGCCCCCGGGCAUAUAGUAAUUGAACCGUCCGUCUGUCCGUACGAGGUUAACCUAGAACGGCAAGUUGGAUUUUUCUUAAGUUCUACCUGUACCAAUGGGUUCUAAGUUUACACACUUACUAAUCAAUACAAAGUUCGUGAUCUGGGCAAGUUUCAUAACUCUGGCUUUCAUAUUUACCAAGUUAUUGCCCUUUUCAGCUCUUAGAAAAUGAAUAAUGGUUAACCUAAAACGGCAAGUUGGAAAUAUCUUAAGUUCUAUCUAUACUAAUGGCUUUAUAAUUAGCACACUUACUUAUCAAUACAAAGCACAUGAUAUUGCCAAGUUAUAUAACUGUGUCAUCCAUAUUUCCCAGUUAUUUCCCUUUUUUCACUUUGAAAAUAGGGCCUUGUCUGGUUAACCUAUUUCGGCAAGUUGGAUUUAUCUUAAAUUUCUCCUAAUUGCUUAAUUUCUUUACUGAUAUCUUUCAUAUUUAGUAGGUGGAUACCUUUGAUGGUUCUCUAAUUUUUUUGGAGUAAGCGGUCUCUAGGGUCAAUGUCAAGGUCACUGGUUUAAAAAAUAAAUAUAAACAUUUUUGCUCAUACAGCUUUUAUUUUUUAGAUGAUGUCUUAGUUUAAUACAAACACCUCCUUCUUUGGGUGUAGUAUUGGGUCAUUCGGGUCAAGGUCAAUGUUACCAAUGUCAAGGUCACCAAUGUUAAAAAUAGAUUUUUACAUUUUUACAGGUGUAUUGACCUUAUUCUAUAGACAGAUGUUAUUUAUAAUUGAUAGAAACAUAAACUUUGAUGGAGUUAGUGGUCAGUUGGGUCAAGGUCACCAGUGCUAAAAAUAGAUUUUUACACAUUUGCUCAUACAGCCUUUAUUAAGUGACAGAUAUAUUUUAUAUUUGGUAGGAAGAUAACUUGCAUGGUAUUCAUCCUUUUGAUUGUGGUUGGGAUCAGUGGGUCAAGGUCACUUGUGCUAAAAAUAGAUUUUUACACUUUUGCCCAUACAGCUUUUAUUUAUUGACAGUUGUAUUUCAUAUUUGGUAGGAAGAUAACUUGCAUGGUAUUCUUCCUUUGAUGGAGUAAGGGGUCAGUUGGGUCAAGGUCACAAGUGCUAAAAAUAGAUUUUUACACUUUUGCCUAUACAGCCUUUAUUUAUUGCCAGAUGUAUUUCAUAUUUGGUAGGAAGAUAACUUACAUGGUAUUCUUCUUUUGGAUAGAGUUAGGGGUCAGUUUGGUUAAGGUCACCAGUGCUAAAAAUAGAUUUUUACACUUUUGCCCAUACAGUCUUUAUUUAAUGACAGAUGUAUUUCAUAUUUGGUAGGAAGAUAACUUGCAUGAAGUUGAAUAUUUUUCAUCUUCACAAGUCAGAGCAAUGACUUGGCAACUUAUAUUUUUCACAAUUACAAAAUGCCAUGACUUUGUCAAGCUAUAAAACUUGUGUUUACAAUUUUUUGGAGAUUUUUCUGUCCAUAAGUGAGUGAAUGGGUAAACAUUUUUUGAAGUAUUGCUACUGACAAGAAUCUGAGACGGGGGCAUUUGUGUUUAACAAACACGUUCUUGUUAAUUUCUCUUAUUGAUUUUACUGUAUCUGGUAUAUAGCUAAUAUUUGCUGUAGUGCUUUUCGAUAACAUGUUGUUUUUGUAUUGAGCUUUUUUUUCUACCAUUUAUAAAGGUAUUAUAAACAGAUUUCUGUAUUGUUACAAGUUUUUGGUGCACUUAUUUUUAAUACAUGUAAGUCUUUUGUAGUAUUUUGCAUUGUUGAAUUGAUAGAUGUUUAUUAGCCAUGGCUAGAAUGAAAAUACAAUCAUUUACUUGUUAGGUGUAUAAAUCUUGCUGUAAAUGUUUUUUUGUUUUCAGAUAGAAUACUAUAUUAUGGUAAAACUUGUUCAUGAAAUUAGUUCCCACUAACAGUGGAAUGAAUAAAUCCAUUAUUGAUCAUAAUUGUAUGAUGAAAUAAAGAAAAAAAUAUAUUUUGAUUUAAAGGAAAUUAAAUAGUAAAAGUUUGUUGGUACUUUGUUGUAAAGUUUAAUUUAUAUAAAAUAUUUCAAACAAAAUAUUUAGCUGUUACAAGAAUGAUCCUUAAGUUGAAUUUUUUUAACAUUGUCAAUAACAAUUUUAGAUAUUCAUUUGCCUCGUAUUUAUAUGAGGUAUGGUUUUUUGAAUGUCAUAUUAAUGUUUUGAAGGACAAACAUCUAAUAAAUGUAACCUCAUA